AGCCCCGGAUUGUUUGCUGGCCAGCCCGCCACACCGCGUGCUCGGAGCACCGGCUUCCGUGGACCACCAGGCUCCCGCGAUGCUCGCCGCAGCGCUCCGCCGCGCCGCCGCCCGGGCAGCAGCGCCAGCCGCACAGGCAGCGGCGAAGCCCGCAGAGAACCCCAUGGCGCUCGCAAGGAGCCUUCUCCACGUACACGAAGUCCUCGUCACCAGAGACGCCGCUCCUGCACUACACCGCCACGCAGCAGGCCACCAGCUCAAUCAACCAUCGGAUCUUCUACGUCAACGUUGUCGCAAUGGUGUUCGUGGUCGACGCAGGCUCCGCCAUGCUGGACAUCUGAGGGGACUGGGCUGGUGAUUCUCUUUCUCUCUCUUUCUAUCUCUCUCUCGGAUUUCUCUGCUCCUACCAAGCUCCGGUCUGGCCGUUUGCUUCCGCCGCGGGGCACGCGACUGCCACGGUGCGAAAGGAUCGUUUCGGAAACAGUCCUUCUCCACGACGCAGUUGCUGAGAGGGCAUGUCUUGCAGGCGUACCGCUUUUGAGCGUACGCACAGCUGGUGCACGACGUGCACGAACGGACAGAACUGUGCGAGGAAGUGGAGAUUAUGCACAAAGGGGGGCGAGGCGUUCAGAGAAGGGCCCACCCUCUGUACCAUCUGUCCCCUCCUGUCAUCUCUCAU